AUGAUACCAACGUCUUUGAAGUUGGAGGCCAUAAAUGGUAUUGGUUCUGUGCUGUGCAUCUUUCUUGGAGCUACUGAUGCUAGUGGAGCUGUCAGGCGUUUUCAUGAAACGAAGAAAGAAUGGGGAAUUGCACAAUUACUUUCACUUGAAACGUUUAAGAACCUUGCUUUUGGAUAUCUUGUUAAUGACUCGUGUGUAUGUGGAGUGGAGGUUUUUGUUAUCAACAACACUGGAAACUGGGAAUCUAUAUCCCUGGUUAAGGAGCCAGACAAUGGCACUUUCACUUGGAAAAUCGAAAACUUCUCCAACUUAAAUGAAACUCACUAUUACUCUGAAGUGUUUAAUGUAGAAGGAAUUAAUUGGUCUUCAUAUGCAGUCAUGCCAGAGUGA